AUGGCCUCCGCCAUCGAUUAUGGGUCUCUGCCCUUGCCAGACGGCUUCAAACAAUCUGCCAUCGUCGACAAGAUGCGUUUCAUCAGCAAUGGCAAUCCGGAGGGGUCCAUCGGCGACGGCGUCCCUGGACGUACCAUGCAGGUCAUCGGCGCCGGACUCCCGCGCUGCGCAACGUCGUCGCUUCAAGCCGCGUUCGAAUCCGAAUACCUCGACAUGGGCCCAUGUAUGCACAUGGCCCGCGUAGCACCAUACGCUGACCGGCUGCAACAUGUGCUCGAGUGCAUGCGCGAGCGGAACAGGGAGAAGCGGCACAAGAUGCUGCACCAGCUCUUCGACGGCUACUCUGCCACCUGCGACUUUCCUGGCAUCAUGUUCAUCGACGACCUGAUGGACAUGUAUCCAGAUGCGGCAAUCGUGCUCAACCAGCGCUCGAGCGGGCCAGUCUGGCAGAAGAGCUUUCGCGACAGCCUCUCCUUCUUCACCACGAGGACCUACCUAUCGAUAUGCUUCCUAUGGAAGACGGACAGGCUGCACUGGCGCUGCCACCAAGAGGCGCCUGACCUGUGGGAAGAGAAGAUGGGCGAGCGGUCGCUGCUGUCGCCGACGGUCUACGAUUCAUAUAACAACUGGGUUCGCGAGGAAGCUCGCAAGCGCGGCCGCCCUGUGCUGGAGUUUCAGGCCAGCGAUGGAUAUCCGGCCUUGUGCAAAUUCCUAGGAAAGCCACUACCUCCCGCGGACGUCAAGUUUCCACACCUGAACGACGCGGCAAAUAUGAGGCUCGUCAAGCGUAUAUUGGUCAUUCGGGGAUUGGUGUCAUGGGUUGCCCUCGGCGCUUCGGCAUGGGCGGCUUGGAAGAUAAAAGAAUUGAAUGAGACGAAGGAUUAG